AUGGGUUUCGUAUAUAAACCGAUGGCUGUUCAUGGACUUGGGGCCACACCAAUAACGACCUGGACCAAAGCACGGAAACCACAAGAACAUAUCGAUCGUAAUACCGAAUCUAGCAUUGCACCCCCUUCUGUUCCGACGAAUAAAUCCGAGGAUCGCGUUAAUUGGUUAAGCGACCCAACAAUGCUUCCAGCAGAUAUCACCAAUGUCCGAAUAAUGGCCUUCAAUUAUGAUAGUAACUGGUAUGGCGAUAAUGCUAUCAAAGUUCGUCUUGACCAUGUUGCGGAUGAUUUGAGACGAAAGGUUUUGCGACAACGAAAGGCUUUGAUCAAACCUCAAAUGUCGAAAAUACUCGAUUUUACGAUAGGGGUUAUAUUGCUGGGUACACCACAUAGAGGCACUGAUAAUAUUACCUCGAGCGAACUUCUGCAAAGAAUUAUCCGCGCUGGUGCUGCAGGAGAAGCAGCCUCAUUAAUCGCAUUAGAAGCUAAUAACGAAAUGGUAUUGGAUGCAGUACAAGGGUUUUCAAUGGUGGCUCAUGAAAAGAAUAUUCCAGUACAUUGCUUUUUUGAACAAAAAAGCUCCAAGGUAUCCAAAAUGUUCGGAGAUGAUUAUAAGGAUUUUAUUGUGGAUGAAAAGUCGGCUAUCUUAGAUGGCUGUGAACGAUAUGGCCUGCCACUCGAUCAUUACCAACUCAAUAAGUUUUCCGACCCUAAGGAUGGAAAUUGGAGAGAACUUUCUGAUGUCAUCACCAAUCUUUGUGAUAAUGCACAUCAAGAACUAGCUAAUCGCAAGAAUGGGAAUGGAAAUGGGUAUGAAAUUAAUAGUCGUGACGAAGGAGCUAGCUUUUCAGGCCAUUUUUCUACUAAUGGUGGAAAGCAAUUUAAUGGUGGUAAUUUCAACACAGGUGGUGGACCAAUGAAUUUUUAA